CUGUCAAUCUCCUCCGGAGCCGGCGGGUAAGUGUGUCCUUCCCCCAGAACCUGAUUGGCCUGAGCAAGGAACGGGGGCGGGGCUUGAUCCCGCUGGGUGCCAGCCACGUUGCACGCGGGGCUGCCCCGGGGAGAGGCCACUCCCCGGUCCCACAGUGCACUGCGAAGCGCGUCACUCGGAGCGGCGGGUCUCGGCUCGACAGGCCUUCUCUGCUGGUGGAGAUGUCUAUGAUUUUAUCUGCCUCAGUCGUUCGUGUCAGAGAUGGACUGCCACUUUCUGCUUCCACUGACUGUGAGCGAGGCACAGGCAUGCAGGAGUGCAGAAAGUAUUUUAAAAUGCUCUCAAGAAAACUGGCUCAGCUCCCUGAUAGAUGUGCACUGAAAACUGGACGUUAUAAUAUUAAUUUUAUUAGCUCUAUGGGAGUGAGCUACAUGAUGUUGUGCACUGAAAAUUACCCAAAUGUUCUGGCCUUCUCUUUCCUGGAUGAGCUUCAGAAGGAGUUCAUUACUACUUAUAACAUGAUGAAGACAAAUACUGCUGUCAGACCGUACUGUUUCAUUGAAUUUGAUAACUUCAUUCAGAGGACCAAGCAGCGAUAUAAUAAUCCCAGGUCUCUUUCAACAAAGAUAAAUCUGUCUGACAUGCAGAUGGAAAUCAAGCUGAGGCCCCCUUAUCAAAUUUCCAUGGGUGAGCUGGGGUCAGCCAAUGGAGUCACAUCUGCAUUUUCUGUUGACUAUAAAGGUGCUGGUAAGAUUUCUUCUGCUCACCAGAGACUGGAACCAGCAACUCUUUCAGGGAUUGUGGCAUUUAUCCUUAGUCUUUUAUGUGCUGCUCUGAAUUUAAUUCGAGGCUUUCAUGCCAUAGAAAGUCUCCUGCAGAGUGAUGGUGAGGACUUUAAUUACAUUGUUGCAUUUUUUCUUGGAACAGCAGCCUGCCUUUACCAGUGUUAUUUACUCGUCUACUAUACCAGCUGGCGGAAUGUCAAAUCUUUUUUGACUUUCGGUUUAAUCUGUCUAUGCAACAUGUAUCUCUAUGAACUGCGCAAUCUCUGGCAGCUUUUUUUUCACGUGACUGUGGGAGCAUUUGUUACACUACAGAUCUGGCUAAGGCAAGCCCAGGGCAAAGCUCCUGAUUAUGAUGUCUGACACCAUCCUUCAGACAUAUUGCCUUGCCUUAAAGAGGAAAAGGAAGGACACUACCACUGUGAUGAAGAAACUGUUCACCACAAAUGAGAAGCUCUGCUUUCUUUCUCUCCAGCUGUCCUUUUUAAGUCAGCAUGGCAUGCCUGUGAGCAUGCAAUACCUGGUAGGCAAAUUCCUCUCAGCAGAAUGUUGGCCAUGAUUAUCAUUCAGAAGAAGUUGAAGAGCCCUCUCUACAGGGCAAUGGCAUUGGAAGAACAGUCAGAUGCCAUUGGAAGACUUGGCCAACAGCUCUGAAUCAUGGCUGGAGAAUUCAGUCAAGAAGUGUGUGUGGUACUUGCCCUGAGAACCAAGCAGGAACUCUACAACCCCAGUUUGCCUUUGUGAGGCAUUAGUACAGACCAAAUAAAAGAUGCUGCAGUGAAUUGGAAAGUUUAUGUGUAAAACAAAUGACUCACUAAAUAUUAGAUCAUUUGCACAUUUAUUGUACCAUGAGUCUAUGAAGUCCAGAUUGGUAUGGAAUGGUUUCUUUUUCCUUUUAUAUUUUUGCUUGAAUCUUAACUCUGGAAAUCACCUCAUGUAGGAGAAGGCUGUGGUGAGCUCAUCCCUAGAGCAUCAUAAGUAUUGAAAACACAGUGACACAUGUUUCUUUCCUUCUUUUGAAAUCACCUUCUUUUGAAAUCACUUUUUAAAAAUAUGUCAUUAGGCUAUAGCCAUUAUUUGCCAAACUUCAAUCACUUAAGUAUUACUAUUACAUAUGCUAUUAUUUACUUAAUAUUUAUCUUUUAAAUUUUAAAACAUUUUAAAAAGAAACUAACCUCUACUCCAAGUGAAAAACCAGCAUCAGUUUGCCAUUAAAAAAGAGAACUGCAAAAUAAAUUAAAAAUAAAACAGGAUGUUGUGAGAUUCUAACUGGAUGCUAAUGACUGCCAAGGCUCUGAAUCCAAGAAGCCUACUCUUUAUUGCAGUGAGAGAUGUUAGCUAGCCCCAAAAUGGGCUCUCUCUGUGGAAUUAUCAGAAGUUUAAAAGAAAAUUAUAAAGGGAAUGACAUUCACACUGUGACUCAACAUUAUUUAACUCUGUGUUGUGUAUCACCUAAAGUCAUCUCACAAGCCACCAAGUGAUAUGGGUCCUGCCCUGUGGAAACACUGAGUUGUUCUAAGAGUCAGAAGGUAACUCCUCUCUCAGCACUUAUUAUCCCUCAUAUUAUUUCAUGACUUCGAGGAGUUAAGCACCUACUAUCUAAGUGGUGCUUUUUGAUAACUUGUAAAGAUUGUUUAAGCAGUUGUGAGAGGAAGCAUAUUUUGGUUCUGGUUUUGAGGGCUUCCUGGUGGCUCAGAUGAUAAAGAAUCUGCCUGCAGUGUAGCAGACCUGGUUUGAUCUCUGGGUCUGGAAGAUCCCCUGGAGAAGGGAAUGGCUACCCACUCCAGUAUUUCUUGCCUGGAGAAUUCCAUGGACAGAGGAGCCUGGUGGGUUAUAGUCCAUGGGGUUGCAAAGAGUCAGACAAGGACUGAGAGACUAACACUUUCACUUUCUGGUUUUGAAAUCAUCUUCAUGAGUGAUUUUCUUGAAGAAAGAUUCUAAUUAAGGAAUUCAUAAGGUUUGAAAUUUGAUAUCCAGAAAAACAGUGGACUCAUUACAUAUAAUUCAUGUUACUGGGUAUAUUAAUUAAACAGAAAAAAUUGUCCAGAGGGGUAAAGUCACCAAACUGCAUUGUUUCCAGAACCAGUAUAUAUAGGUAUGCUUACAAUGAGAAAUCCUGCUUAACUACAACCUUUUUGCUACACUCUCCUUUUUAGGAGAAUGAGGCAAAAGAAGACAGUGAAAGCUUAUGAUUUGGGGGAUUUAUUUAAUACAAGAAACUCCAGUUCCCUCCAAUAUUCUGCCCCUAAAAAAACUGCAAAGAAAUUGUGAGUAUUCUGAGAGAUUAUCCCAAGGUACCACAUGAUCCUAAAUCAUCAAAAUAAAAUUGAUUUAUGUUUGGUGUUUUGUAGUUACUGAACCAGAAAGUUAACUUGGUUCACUUUACUUUAGAAAGUAAAACUUGAGAAAGUUUUUUAUAAACUAAUGGUUAAAGCAAGAAGAGUUUUCUUGUAAAUAGUUGAUUAACCAGGAAAUUGGCGUAUUCUGGUUCAUCGAGAUUUUGCUGUAUAUUGAUACUUUAUAGCUCUCUUACCAGUUUGGUUCUUUUUAUUAUUGAGUCAUAAUGUCUGGUGUUAAGCAAGGACACUUGAAAACUCACCAGCUAUCUUUAAAUCCUUCAUUUGUUUUUUGUUUAGUUUUUUCGCCAGCUAUGUUGGAUAAGGGGAUGUUUAUAUUUUAAUGUAAAAAAUGAAAACAGGUAUAAAUAAUGUUUUAUGUAUAGAAAUGUUUUCUUUCAUUAUUUGUUUCCUGCAUCUUUGUGUGUUUAUACAGCUUUCCUGCCUCUUCAUGUUGUUGCCAAAGAAAGUAUGACUUUAGAAAGAUAAAUUUUUGCCAUGAAUGUAAAGAAGUUUUUAAGCUCUUGAGAAAGAAUCACUCAGGCCUCUAAUGUGUAUGAUGGUGAUACAUUGCAUUUAUAUUGCAAUUUUACUUCUAAGAGCACCUACCUAAUCAUAAUGGGUCUUCUACUGUCGAGGAGGUACCAUUUUCCCAAUAGGAAAGAGGACACUAUGAUAACCAGGUGUUAAUGACUUAUCUAGGGUCAAAAGCAAAGCACACACAAUUUCUAAUCUCUUAGCCCAGGGUUGGGCUAAUGAAGGUAGCUAAGAUUAUAUUAAUGAAGAUAACUAAGAUUAUAUUCAGGAAAUAUGUCUAUUCUUGGUAAAAUUGAAGUCCUGGGGACUUCUUAAAAUAAUGAGCUUUAGCCCGCUAUUGUAUCUAGGUGUAUAUUAUCUUACUUAAGGUAAUUCUGAAAUGUUGCUUUUGAUUAUGAUGUUCUAUGAGGGCAAAGAUACUCCCUUUUAUAUCCUAAAAGUAUUUGCAAUAUUUGCUUGCUUUUGUCGGGUGUGUAUUUGAAGUAUACCUGGCCUCCUUGCCAAAAGAAUUUGGGAAGCAUAUCCAAAAAAGACAUACACAAUAAAUAAAAUAUGAACAUUAAGGGAAGAAAAGCAAAACCAAUGAGACUAGAAAGAAGGGUGAACACAUUGCUGUUACUGAGUAUAAAAUUUGAUUCUUGAAUUUCUUGAAAGUCAAGCCUAGAAGAAGGAAAACAAGUUUUGUCUUGAUUUAUAUCUGUAAGUCAGAGCGUGUUUCUCAGAAAAGAUGUCUUCCUGAUGAAUUCAGGUAAAAAUGUUUUCACUUGGCAGUCUUGUGAAAUGCUAAAAGGAACAAAAUCCUCAGUUGUUUUACACACAUUUCCAUGUUACAAUUGUGCCUUGGAUCCUCAACUUUGUACCAGCUUUCAAAGGCUUUCAUUUCAGGGCUUUUUUUUUUAUGUGUUUAAUAGAGGAUUUUGUUCCAAUAAGAAUUCUGCUCCUAAGCUAAAAGCAAGUAUCCGUGUUAAAGCUUGAAAAUCCAUUUAAGACAAAUGCCUUGACACUUGGAAAACCUUUACCCAAUUUUGUAAUUUUAUAACUUAUAUAAAGUGAAUCUGCUACCUC